AUGAAGCUUAGUGUGAGUGCGUAUCGAGCGCAUGCUGCUGCGCACAAGAAAAUACUGACUUCAUCGUAUCAGCAGCACUACGGAAGCACUGCUGCUCCAUCCUGCAACCCGCUUCAGCCUUCUAGCUUCACACCGCAAACGUUCAGGUCAUAUAGGCGAAGGAAUAUGUGCAGACACCGUGUACUCUCUCGCCUCCAUGACCUGAGGGCCUGGGCUGAUACAUCAGGGAUAAUGGAGAUGGAAGACGCCGCUGAAAUAACUUCCAACACACGGGCCAUAACAUUAGUCAUUUAA